UGUGUUGGGAGAGUGGAGGUCCUUCAUGAUGGACAGUGGGGAACAGUGUGUCAUCAUAGCUGGGAUAUGAGAGAAGCUGCGGUGGUGUGUAGAGAGCUGCACUGUGGGGAGCCUGUAAAUGUGCGGUAUGCUGCUCACUUUGGACGGGGAUCAGGAACAAUCUGGAUGAAUGGUGUGGACUGUAGUGGAUCAGAGACGACACUGAAGAACUGUAGCUCAGCAGGGUUGGGGAAUAAUAACUGUGAUCAUGGUGGUGAUGCUGGAGUCACCUGCUCAGGUCAGAAUUUGAGACUCACUGCUGGUCCUCACCGGUGCUCUGGGAGAGUGGAGGUGUUUCAUGGAGGUUCCUGGUCCACAGUGUGUGAUGCUGACUUUGACCAGCAGGAUGCAGAGGUUGUGUGUCGAGAGCUGGGCUGUGGGAUUCCUGUGGAGGUUCUGGGAUCAGCUGGUUUUGGCCGAGGGGAGGGUCAGGUGUGGACAGAGGAGCUUCAGUGUAGAGGAAAUGAAUCUGAGAUUUACUUCUGUCCAACAUCAUCUUCACUCAAACACUCAACCUGCUCCCAUUACAACGAUGUGGGAUUAAUAUGUUCUGGUGAAGUAUCAUGAUUUAACUUCUGUUUAAAUAGAGAACACAUACCUGUCAAUCAAACUUUAAGGUGUCUUUGUUA